GUCUGCAGGGAGGCGUUCCCUGGGGGCUGUGGCCCUCGUGAGUUCCGCGGUCCCGGGACUGCCUGGAGGUUGGUGGGGAGGAUACAGGACGCGGGCGCCGAGCUCCGCACGCCGCGGCUCCUCGGACGUGGCGGAGGCCGAGGCUCUCAGGCUGUCAGUCACCGGGGUGGAAAGCGCCCCGGGCCGGUCCUGGCGGUGUCUGCCUCUCCCGCUCUUCAAAAGCCGCCCAAGCAACUUUUAUGGAAAAAAGCUGGUUGCUUUGUUUUUGUUUUUGUUUUCUCCUCAGAAGGGAACGAAUUUUCGCUGGAGUAGUUGGAGUGACCAGCAUCAUAAACCUUGUGAUUUCAGCGCCUUUGGACUCAGGCUGGCCUUGAACUCUGUGUAGCUGAGGAUGACCCUAUACUCAUGGACUUCCUAUCUCCACCUCCUAAGUGCUGGAAUUUCAAGUCUGUAUCACCAUACCUUACUCAUAUUACCACAUUUUGUAAUGGAGAGUGCUUCUGUCCACUGAACCUCAGCAGCUGCACUAAAGUGAUGAUAACCCCAGUCAAAGGAGUAUUCAGACACACUUCCAUGUUACAGAAUGGCAGCAGCUGAUUCAUCCCAUGUUCUUUCAGGGGACUCAGUCUGCCUUCAACAAGAAAAGGUAGCAGCAGAAAGGAUGUUGAUUGACUGCCUGACAAAUUAUCAGGAGUUAGUGAGCUUUGAGGAUGUGACUGUGGCCUUUACCCAAGAGGAGUGGUCCUCACUGAACCCAGCCCAGAGAAGCCUCUACAGAGAUGUGAUGCUGGAGAACUACCAGAACCUGGCCACAGUAGGAUAUCAGCUCAUCAAACCCAGUCUGGUCUCUUGGUUGGAACAAGAAGAGUUUAGUACAGGUCAGAAGAUAGUUUUCCCAGAAUGGAAAAUGCAGCUUGAAACCAAAUGUUCAGCACCCCAACAAGAAUUUUUGAGGGGUAACAUAUCCAAUGGGAUGCAAAUGCAGACAGGAAGCCAGGAUGGAAGGGAGCGCUGUAACUGGACGAAAUCUGAAGACUUCUUCAGUGAACUCUCAUCCCUUAAGACACAUAUGGAAACUCAAACUACACAGGAUAAUUAUGACUGUAGUCAGUAUGGAAAAGACCUUGUAAUGCUUCAGAAGAAAAACUGUGCUGGUGAGAAACUUUCUGAGUUCAAUCAGAAUGAAGAAAUCUGUAUGACCCCAGUUAAGGUUAAUCAGAAAAUUACCACAGAAGAGAAAUCUUUUGAAGGCAGUGACUGUGGGAAGUCUUUUAUUAAUCAGUCACACCUUCAGGCACAUAGAAGAACUCACAGCGGAGACAGAAUUUAUGAUUGGAAUGAAUAUGGGAGAAGUUUUAUAAACUCAAGACUGGCUGUGCUUAUAGAAACUCUAAAUGCAAAGAAACCUUACAGAUGUAAGGAAUGUGGGAAAGGCUAUAGAUACCCUGCAUAUCUAAAUAUUCACAUGCGAACUCAUACUGGUGAGAAGCCCUAUGAAUGUAAGGAAUGUGGGAAAGCCUUCAAUUAUUCCAAUUCAUUUCAGAUACAUGGAAGAACUCACACUGGAGAGAAACCCUAUGUAUGUAAUCAGUGUGGGAAAGCUUUCACUCAGUACUCAGGCCUUAGUAUACAUGUAAGAUCUCACAAUGGCGAUAAGCCCUAUGAAUGUAAGGAGUGUGGGAAAGCCUUCCUUACAUCCUCACGACUUAUUCAACAUGUGAGAACUCACACAGGAGAAAAGCCUUUUGUGUGUGUCAAAUGUGGGAAAGCCUUUGCUGUCUCUUCAAAUCUCAAUGGACAUUUGAAAAUGCAUGCUGAAGAGAAGACAUGUGAGUGCAAGAUUUGUGGGAAAGCAUUUGGAUAUCCUUCAUGUCUUAAUAAUCACAUGAGAACUCACAAUGCCAAAAAAUCAUACACAUGUAAGGAAUGUGGGAAGGCCUUUAACUAUUCCACCCACCUUAAAAUUCACAUGCGAAUCCACACUGGAGAAAAACCCUAUGAGUGUAAACGGUGUGGGAAAGCGUUCAGUCAUUCCACUUCAUUUCAGAUCCAUGAAAGAACCCACACUGGAGAGAAGCCCUAUGAAUGUAAGGAGUGCGGGAAAGCCUUCAUCUGUCCCAGUUCCUUCAGAAUUCAUGAAAUAAGUCACACUCACACUGAAGAAAAACCAUAUAAGUGUCAGCAGUGUGGAAAAGCCUACAGUCAUCCUCGUUCACUUCGAAGGCAUGAAAGAAGUCACUAGUGAGAAGCCUAGUUGAUGUAAGCUAUGUGAGAAAGCCAUUAUUUGCUCUAGUUUGCUUUGAAGACAUGAUGGUACUCACACUGGAGAGAAAAUGUUAAACUUAUAUACAUAGCUUGGAGCAGUGCUGUGUGGUAGCUGCUCAGGAGGCUGAAGAUGGGGGUAAAUUUAAAACUCUACUGCACAACACAGAUACUCCAUGUCAGAAAAAUUAAAAUGAAUGCUGGCAAGAGGGCCCAGUGGACAGAAGCACUUGUGAAUGUCUGACGACUGGAACUUGAUCCACAUCCAUGUAAAAUAGACAGAUAGAGUAGCAUGCAUCUGUAUUCCCAGCAGUCCUACAAGAUGGGAGGCAGAGGCAGGAGAAUCACCUGGAAGCUUGCAGGGCAGCCAGUUUGGAGUAUGCAGCAUGGCAGAAAGAACAAGAGAGACCCUGCCCUGCCUCAACGAGGUAGAAGAACCAGUGCCCUGAAGUUGUCCUGUGACCCCGUAUGUUUACCCACCUCCCCACAUAUGCCGCAGUAAUAAAUACAACUUCCAGGAAUGGAAAUGGGGGCUCUUGAGAUGGCUCGGUAGAUAAAAGCCUUCUCCAUACAGUGCUGACAACUUGCUUUCUAUCCCUGGUUCCCUACAGUGGAAGGAGAGAAUUGGCACUUAACAGCUGCCUUGUGAUCUCCACAUGAAUGCUGUUGGCACACAUGCCCUCUUGCCAGUCUCCAAGAAUAAUAGAUUUUAAAAAUUGAAAUGAGUGACUGUAGAGAUGGCUCAAACAGUUACCAGAACCUGCUACUCUUGCAG